AUGGUUGUUUUCUAUCUUGAUAAUUUGGAAAUUUUUUUUCCAUACGAUUAUAUAUAUCCUGAACAAUAUGCAUAUAUGAAAUAUUUGAAAAAAACCUUAGAUAGUGAAGGGCAUUGUGUUUUGGAAAUGCCUACAGGGACUGGAAAAACUGUGGCAAUUUUUUCUCUUAUAACUUCAUAUCAGUAUUAUAAAAAUGAUAAUAGUAAAUUUAUUUUUUGCACACGUACUGUUGCAGAAAUGGAAAAAUCGCUAAUUGAAUUAAAAAAGGUUAUUAAUUAUAGAAUAAAUAUAAUAAAAAAGCGUAAUGAAUUGUCAGAAAAGAUUUCAAAGAGUAAUAUAAAAGAGGAUAGCGAUACGAUAAAAAAUGAAAAUAGCGAUACGAUAAAAAAUGAAAAUAGCGAUACGAUAAGGAAUGAAAAUAGCGAUACGAUAAAAAAUGAAAAUAGCGAUAUGAUAAGGAAUGAAAGUAGCGAUAUGAUAAGGAAUGAAAGUAGCGAUAUGAUAAGGAACGAAAAUAAUGAUGAAGAUGAUAACAUAUCAAGUAGGUUUGGUAAAAAUAGUGAAAUAUUAGCAAUGGGUAUUAGCGCAAGACGUUGUAUGUGUGUAAAUGAUAAAGUUUUAUUAAAACAUGAAAGAGAAAAGAUUGAUGAAGAAUGCCGUAAAUUAACAGCUACGUUUGUUAGAGAAAAAAAAUAUAUAAGUAAAAAAUUAAAUAAUUUUUCUAAUAGUAAUAUUGAUAGAAUAUCUGAUUUUAUAAUAAAAAAUAAACAUCAUAUAGAUAUGGAAGAUUAUUUUAAUAUUUAUAAUUCCAAAAAUAGUAUUAAUGAAUAUAAUGAUUUGGGUUUAUGUGGUUAUUUUGAAAAUUAUAAAAAAAAUUUUGUAUAUGAAUUGAUUGAACCUGGUGUAUAUACUAUUGAAGAACUAAAGGAAAUAUGCAAAAAUUAUAAAAAUAGUGAAAAUAUAAAUACACCCAUAUGCCCAUAUUUUUGUGCAAAAAAAAUUAUAGAAAUAGCAAAAGUGGUUGUAUUAAAUUAUCAAUAUAUUAUUGAUCCUAAGGUUUCCAAAUCUAUAUUUUUAGGGAAAGAUAUAAAUAAUAGAGUCAAUUAUAAAAAAAAUGAUAUAAUUGUGUUUGAUGAGGCUCACAAUAUUGACAGUGUGUGUUUAGAAGCAUUAAGUGUUAAUAUUGAUCGUUCGAUAUUGAACAAAGCAACAAUGAAUAUUACUACUUUAUUUAAAAAAAUUGAAAAAUCAAGGAUUGUAAAUGAAAACAAAUUGAAGGAAGAGUGUUACAAUAUAUUAAAUAAAAUAAAAUCGGGAAAGGAAGCAUCUAAUUUUAAGUUAAAUCAAAAUGGAGAAGAAGUAGAUGGCAAUAACCAAAUUAGUGAAAAUGAUAACGGAACAAAUCUUGAAAAUUUAGAAUCUCAAAAUAGAAGAAGUAAACAAGAUGAAGUUUAUUUUGAUGAAGAAAUGAAUUUAGUGUUUAAGGGGCUCUUGGAAGAGGCGUCGAGUGACAGGGCGGAAAAAAAUGGCGGGAAAAAUCACGAAAAAAAUGACGAAAAAAAUGGCGGGAAAAAUGACGAAAAAAAUGACGAAAAAAAUGACGGUGAAAAAAUUAGCGAUAAAGUAAUUAUAGACGAUUUGAAAGAAAUAUUAAAUAUGAACAAUAGUGAUGAUAAUGAAAAAAACGAUUUAAAGAGUAAAGAAAAUUUUAAUUUAGAGGAAAUAAAUUAUAGUCCACUUUUAAUGGAAGAUAUAAUAAAAAAUAUAGUAAUGCCAGGAAAUAUAAGAAAAUCAGAACAUUUUUUAAAUUUGAUGAGAAUAGUAGUAGUUUAUUUAAAAAAAUAUAUAAAUAUAUAUGAAGUAACAUCCGAAGGACCAUUAUCAUUUUUAUAUAAAUGUGAAAAAGAUACAAAAUUAGAUACAUCUUUUUUUAAAUAUAGUUUUGAUAGAUUAAAAAAUUUAUUGAAUACAUUACAAGUAGUAGAUACUGAUGAUUAUGCUGCAUUAAAUAUUGUAUGUAAUUUUUGUACAUUAAUUGGUAAUUAUUUUAAAGGGUUUAUAAUAAUAUGUGAACCAUAUCCAGAAGCAACCGGUAUAUAUGACCCAGUCAUACAAUUUGCAUGUUUAGAUUCAUCAAUUGCAAUGAAAUCGGUAUUAAAUAGAUACAAAUCAAUUAUAUUAACAAGCGGUACUAUUACCCCUCUUGAAUUGUAUCCUAAAUUAUUAAAUUUUAGCACAGUUUUAACAGCAUCAUUUCCUAUGUCUUUUGAUAGGAAUUGUGUAUGCCCUCUUAUUGUAACAAAAAGUUCUGAUUUGAUUCCAUUAUCAUCACAAUAUUCACUUCGUAAUGAUUUAAAUGUGAUUAAAAAUUAUGGUUUUUUAUUAGUUGAGAUGUGUAAAAAUAUACCAGAUGGAAUCAUUUCAUAUUUUCCAUCAUAUAUAUAUAUGGAACAUGUUAUGUCAACAUGGUAUGAAUUAGGAAUCAUAUCAAAUAUAUUAGAAUAUAAAUUAAUAUUUAUAGAAACAAAAGAUAUAGUAUCAACAACAAUUGCAUUACAUAAUUUUAAAAAAGCAUGUGAUUUAGGAAAAGGUGCAGUUUUUUUAUCUAUUUGUAGAGGAAAAAUAGCAGAAGGAAUUGAUUUUGAUAAACAUUAUGGAAAAUGUGUGAUUCUAUUUGGGAUACCAUAUCAAUAUACAUUAUCUAGAAUCUUAAAAGCAAGACUUGAUUUUUUAAAAGAAACUUAUAAUAUACAAGAAAAUGAAUUUUUAACUUUUGAUGCAAUGAGGCAAGCUUCUCAAUGUGUGGGAAGAAUUAUACGAAAUAAAAAAGAUUAUGGUAUUAUGAUUUUUUCAGAUAUUAGAUAUACAAGAAAUGAUAAAAAAGGGAAAUUACCACCAUGGAUUAUUAAAUGUAUGGAUGUAUCGAAUACUAAUUUAACUAUUGGGGCAGGUGUGAAUAUCUCGAAAAAAUUUCUUCUUAAUAUGUCUCAAGAAUAUAAAGAAACUGAUCAAACAAAAAUAUCACAAAUUAUUUUACAAAACCCCAUAAAAUGUUGGGAAAUCGUUAAAUCCAUUCUCAACAUGGAUGAUUUUAUUUAA